GAUGGGAGUAGGAACACACCAUUUUCAAAGUAAGAAAAACCUAACUAAGAAAAACCUAACUAAGAAAAAUGAGGAAUAUAGAAAUAAUUUGAAAUACUCAAGAGAACAAGAAGAGGGAAACGAAAAUUCGAGAAACAUCGACCCAUUUGAUGUUAAAGCGGUUAACACGAUAAAAAAUGAAGAUCACGGAAGAACUGUUGGUCGAAACAAUGAUUAUGAAAGAGUGAUCGAUGAUGAAAAGGACGAUGAUGUUAUUGAUGACAGUGGUGACAUUUUUGAUGACAGAAUCGAAAGUGGCGAUGGAGAUUAUGAUGGCGAUGACUAUGAUAACAGACGCUUGAUCGAUACCAGUUACCAAAAGAAUGGCGAUGAUUUAAAAGGUUAUCAGGAACAUCACAAUGAAGUGGAGGUUGGUAAUGAUAGCAAAAACAGCAUUAAGAAAAAAAAAUACAACGCGCAUAAAUAUCUUAGCGCAAAUUACAAUCAAACUUCAAAGCUCUCAAUAAAGACAUCUCCUGUAACCAACCAGAUGGAUUCUCCCAAGAAUAAAACAAGAAAAAACGAGAAUAAGCCAUUGGCCAAACCCUCUAAAGACAACAACCCAUAUUUAUCGCUUCAACCGCCAAUCUUGAAAGAUAAGGACUCACCUGGCGAAACAUAUGUGAUGUACGAUGAUGCUGAUAAUAUUGAAGGUAAUACGCUAAAUAAUGGAUCGAGGAAUUCAUCGAAUGUUUCAACUAAUGUAAAGGAGUUUAGAGAUGAUAUGCCACGAAAAGAUUUGCAAGAUUCUGGGAAACUACCUCCAGUAAAACAUAGUAUCAGAAAUAUUACUUUGGAAAACACCAGUCGAGAAUAUACUGAAAAAUUUCUUUCAAAUACUACAUUACCCAAUGUGACUGAUUCGCCAAUACGUGUUAGCCGUUUCAACAAUAGUGUGAUUCCAAAAAGAGAGUUGGAUAAAGAGCAUGAAAAAACGAACAGGAUCUUGAAAAAUAAAACAAACAUUAUUUCAACCGGAGUAAAGAGCGGCAAGAAAGAUACAAACGAGUCCUCGGACACAUUUCCUAUUGCAGGAGGAAGUAAAUCUCUUGUUUCUACCUCUCAGAGAAACAAAACAAACAAUAUCAGGAAACAUACAGACUCAAGAAUUGAAACAAUACAUGUUAAUAAUGAUUCGAACAAUAGCUUGACGUUUGAAAAAGAUGACGUAAGUAAUGAAACUCUCGUUGGCAAACCGAGUGGGGAUAUUACGAGUGGAAAUUUACAGUCACUUCGCACAAAGAAUGCUUUUGGUGAUAUAAUCCCAACAAGUGGAACGGACAAAAAUAUUUCAAGUACUCCAUUGCAUUUGGAACAUGAUGUAGUACUCCCUUCUAAGUCUUAUACCCGUGGGAGAAAUUACCAAGGAGAUGAAAUUUCGAAACCAAAAGUUCGGGGUGACAGUAAUCCAAGGACUGAGAGUAAUGAGAACUAUCCGUUUGACAACUUUCAAUCGAAUAGUAAAGUUCUUUCUGAGAAAGAUAGUGAUAACAACUGGCCUUGGGAUAUCAUACCGUUGGGUGACAAUGUUCCUCGUUGGCCAACCAAGGAGGAUACGUUUCUAGAAAACUCAGGUUUUGGAUUUGGGGAAGCAUCGUAUCAUAAUGAAAGAGGAAAUAAGCCAUCGAAUCGUAACUUAUCAUCUUUAACUGGCAACAGUGUUGAAAAUGGAAAUAUUUUUUCAAAUCGCGUACAAAGUUCAGGCUCUUUGAAUAAGUCGUAUCACAAGCCUGAAGUUCGUGCAAAUGGAAGACAAAGAGACCCUAUAUCGAAAGCUGAUAAUAGUUCUGCUCAAGCUUCCACGAAAAGUCAAAAACAAUAUUCAUACAGUAAUAUCAAGACUGCGUCAAAGCUGAACCAUUCCAAUUUAGUAGAAAAUGAGGCUCCCAAGAGAAAUAAGACUGGUAAUAUUUCCCAUACAGAGCACAUGCAGAAUUUAUCGAUGAGCCAAAAGCCUCAUGAUCAUCCAACCGUUUUACAUGAACAACAAGUUGUGAGAUCUCAUCAUUCUGAAGAAGAAAAAAAGACAGGGAAAAAACAUUCUCCAGCAAAAGAUAUUAGAAAUUCGUUUUUACAUCAGGAAGCGAUUGAUGUUACUCAACCUGAAAAAGAAAACAACGAACGAAGUCAGGAUCCAUUCUGGAUCUUAGGCAGUGGUGAGGACCUUGGAGACAAUCCUGGAAUUUCAGAUUCGCCCUUCUGGAUUCCAAAUAGAAUCUCCGGCGCCAGCUCUGUAGAAAUAAACCCAUUUACGCCUUUCGACACAGACGAGGGACAAAAUGAAGAGAAAGUAAGCGAUGCAGAAAAACUGAAUGCCAAAACUUCUAGAGAAAAAAACAAAGAAAGCUUUGAGAAAUCUACGGCGCCAGAAGAUUCUGGGAAGACUGAUCAUAAUUUCUACAUCGGCAAGGAACGUGAUGUCAAUUUAAAGAAACCGAAAGUUUUGAGGACAUUGAACGAUGGGAAUGUGAAAUCUGAUGCCAAAGAUGAGAGCGAAAAGAGGCAUCAGAAACCAUUGGCGUUGGAAUAUUUAGGAAAGACAAAUGAUGGUGUCCAUAUCGGUAAGAAACCGGCUGGCAAAUCAAUGAAACCGAAGGUUUGGACAUUACCAGAUGCAAAUGCGAAACAUGCUUUGAAUACGAAUGCUACAUCGAAAGUCGGUGUGGCGACAAAUGAGAAAUCGAAAAAGCAGAGUUUGAUUAAAAAGUUAGAAAGCAUUUAUCAAGCUAUCAUGUUCAACAGAUCAGGUCAUCAACGGCAUAUACAUAAAAGUAGAAAUACACAACCGGAUGACCGUCAAGGAAAAGUUAAGGCUGAUAGGGUGGCUGAUAAGAACCGUACAACUCAAAACACGAGUCAUUCCGGUGUCAACAUUCCUAAUGCAGAACUGAAGAACACGUCUAGUGAUGGUGGAAUUUCUUUGAAACUAAAUCAGACUUCUGCUACAAACCAAAAAGAAUCUGGUAGCAGCUCAGCGAUUCUCGCAGAUAUCGAUGAAUUGCUGGGAAACAACCGAAGUGCUGUAAGUAAAAAUAAUAUGGUAAAAACUAUGAAGAAUCGCAACGAAGUACAUCAAGUUCAUGAAGGAGGGAGAAAAGACGCAAACCAUGGUCAAGAUUUAAAAGAGACUAAUCGCCAAGAAAACCGUACACAAGGAAAUUUGAUUCCUUGGAGAAUAGAGAACAAUAAAAUGAAUGGCGAUGAAAUUGGUGACUUAAUAAAAGAUACGCCUAGAAAAGAUGAUCUAAAGUCCAUGUCGAUGAAGUAUUCAGGAGAUGGUCCGAAAUAUCGAAAUUCUUCUCUAAAUAGAUCUGUUGAGAAAGAGAGCAAAAAUUUCUCUUUACAUUCUACGGUCAAGCACAAAGACAACGCUAAUGAUGAGAUGAAUGUCGCCGAAGACGCCGCCAGUCAAGCUGACACCAAAUUCGAGUUAACUAAACGUCCAUCAGCUGAUAAAUAUCCUGAUAAAAGUAAGCGACCGAAGAAUUUUAAUAUUCAAAGACAUUCCUCUCCAAAGAGUAUGAAAAACACAUUUACAACCCAUUCUGGUCAGGGGGGAAUCUCAUCAAGUGCGAAUAAUUCCGGUGGUAAUCGCUCUACCACAGAGAAAGAAAUUCACGGCAACAAAACUGGGAAAAAAAGACAAUCGAAAAAUAUCUUGAUCCCGACGAAGGUGAACAAAUUGAGCUUUCAUAAUUCCGAAAAUAACACUAUUGAUAAAAAAUCCCCAAAGAUGCAAUCGAAUUCAUUGUCUGAUAAUACUGAAAAAGCGUCGAAGCAAGAAAGUCGUAUAGCAGAUCAGAAAAUCAGGGUUUUAAAAAGUGGUAAUAUUUCCCAAUGGAAGCGGAAUUCGUCGGCUAUUCAUCCCUGGGCUUUAAGCCGCACUACGAAAAGUAGUCCGAAUGACAAUGAUGUAAAAGAAAUUGAGAGAAAAGCUCUUCGACCACCUGUUGAUAAGAACAAAAGUAAACUCUGGGGGCGAAAUGAGCAUGGUGACAUUAUUCCUGGAAAGGAUGGAGAUAUGUCUGAAACGGACUUAACUGGGAAACAAUCAUUCAGCGUGAAUAAAAUGAAGAACAAUAUAAAUGAUGUCAAACAACGUGAAGGUGAGAGUAAAGUACCGAAGUCAGACAAAGGAAACCAAAGCACCAAGUCAAUUGUUGUUGAAAGCAAAAAAAAUCCCGAUGCAAGCAAUCUGUGGGGGAAAAAUGAAGAUGGUGAUAUAAUUCCCAAGACAAAUCAUGAUUGGUUAUCGCUUGAUGAUAUGGAGGACGAUAUUUCGAGCUUAGAACGAAUGACAGAUCAGGAGCACAAAGAUAAAAAUAAUGAGAGAUUUGAAGAUAGAAUAGAGGCAAGAAGAAAAGAUGCACUCGACGACGACAUGGCAAAUUCAAAGAGUUCAUGGUUGUCAGUUGAUGAUAUUAAAGAUUCAGGCCCGAAUUCGGGUGAUGAAAACUACGAUGGAAGAUCUGAAGUUAUUGCUAAUAAUGUUGAAAGAGAUAAAAUACUUCUACCAAACAAGAAAAGAAGUAGGAUUCCCAAGAAUCAAGAGACCAAAGAUGGUCAAGCGUCAGAAAAGGGCACUCAGCAUAAAACCGUAACUGGAAAAACGAAAGCGAUGAUUAGCAAUUCUCCACUGCUCCACACUCCUCUUUAUCCCACCAACCCUACGAUUUCGGUAAAGGUCACAGCCCGUGACAAGUCGUCUCCUUCUGAAGAGGAUGGCGAGGAUGUUACCUCGAAUGAUACAAUUCCUGUGUCCAACGAAACGGAGGCUGAGCUGACCGUAAACGAAACUGGACCAGGAUACUUCGACCUGAAGGAAAAUUUUAGUGCGAAUAGUACCCAAGAGAUUGAAGAAAUUCCAGGAGUUUUCAGACAUGAAAUUCCAGAUGGGAAAAAAGAUAUUUCAAUAGGUAAAUAUUAUAGUAACAAUAGCCGAAAGAAGUCGAAAAACCCAACGUUGGUUGAGAAUGAGUAUGCCAUGAACCACGAGAAAGAAGAGCCUGAAGAUUUUCAUUUUGAAGAGAAGAAGGCAACGUCCCGUGAUGAUCUUAAGGCUUCUUACAUUCAAAAUGAUGAGCGUAAAAAACCUACAAUUCUAUUUCAAAAUAACAAGAGCGCUGAGACGGCAGGAAGAAAGACACAUGAAAGCAGAAAUUCAAAGGAAAUAUCGAAUGUGAAUUCUACAAACUCUAGAAAAAGUAGGCGAUUCGAUACUAUAUCAAAAAAGAAUACAAAAACAGCUGAUUUUAAUGCCGGGUUGCAUCCGCCUAGUAGAGGUUAUUCGUACUUGAAACCGAAACCAAAGGAAAGAGUCACGAAAACUCACGAGAAAUUAUUCAAAAAUACAUCUUCUGUUGACCGAAAUAAUGAAUUUGAUCCCUUUUCUAAAAUUGAACCAAGGAUUUAUAAAAGUACAGCUACUCUAUUAAAGCCUACGGCUGCAUCAAAAUAUUUGCAGAGCAGUUUGGGUUUCGCAGGUACAACAACACAACAGAGUGCAAAGUUGAAAUCAGACGAUGGGAAUAAAUUUGCAAAGGUGUUGAAACGCGUGGAAAAAAUGUUACGGAAGUCGCGAGCUUCGAGACGAAAUCAUAUUCAACGCAUGCGCAAACUGGUUCACAAUUUAGGGCGUCUAGCCCAGUUUGUGAAGCCUAAUAUAAACCGAGAGAGUGAUGUGUCUGUAUUAAACGCUGCCAAACAUAUUGAUUCGCGUUUAAGUGGCAUUGAAAAGAGAAUGCAUAUUGCAGGUGGAAGUGAAAUACUAAAUAAUAUUACUACUGUCCUUGUUGAGCUGAUGGAGAAAAUUCAAGGUAAUGUUAGAAAGAACUCUACGACGUCAAGCAAAUCAAAUGACCUUGCGAAUCGUGCUCCAAAAAAAAUAAACUUUGUUGAUAACCACAACUUAAAGAUGUCUGACAUGAUAUACAAAAUGAAGCAUUUGGAAUCGGUUUUUCAAAAACAUCUAAAAGAAGAGAAACUAGCAACGUGCAAGCUGACAUCUUCUGUACUUGAAAAGAUGAGCCUUACUAGGAGUUUAGGUGAACUCAAACAUACUUCUCAUGGCAUUGUUGAAACUAUUCAAGAUUGUGUCGAGAUUUGCUGUAGAAGUGAACGUUGUGAUUUAGCGUUCUUAAUGAAUCGUGAGUGUUUUGGUUUCGACUGUAAGCACCAAACAUGCCUUCUAACUCCUGUUGCUAAAAAGACAGAUGUGUCAAUCAUAGCACUUCUGACUAAGCGUAUUUCAGCUGAUAUUGGGUUUUCUGGCAUCCCCAACAGUGAUGUUCCAGCAGCGAAGUGCGAGGUUCAACCCCAUUUCAUUAAAGAUUCCGUCCUUGGUGAAGGUGGGUUAAAAGGAAACGCGACCGUAUUGAAACACGUGACAGAUGCCUGGUCAUGUGGUAUUGAAUGUUGCAAAGUUACUUCUUGUAACGUUGCAAUUAUCCAAGAAGGGGUUUGCUACAUUGUGUCGUGUCAAUCAGACGGUCCUUGUUUUGAAUUCGAACAUUCCCAAGGACAAAAAACCUCACUCGCAUUCGUGCGACGGACGGGCACAAAAGAGCCACAAGUUAAAUCUCAUCCAACUCAAACAGCACUUGGGAUCAAAGAACCGCCGGUUGCUACAAGUGUAAUAAAAAAUUCCCCGAAGGUUUUGGCUGCAUCCACGAUGCUGAUUUCUAGCUCAACUAGUAGUCAGUUACCCAAGUCACAUGCUUGGAACAAGAAGGAUAGCAGUGUAAACUCUUCAACUUUCCAACACAAACUGACUCAAAAAGGCCAAGGCAUUCAUUUAGUCGCAUCGGAUGCACCUACGCCCUCUCGUGGUCCUAAGACAUCCGGUCUUGCAAAUGACACUUCCCUAAAUACAUGUGUUCAAAUAUUCUCUGUGUCAAAUGUAACAUUGCGCGCUGGUUUUUCGGCCGGAAAUUUCAAAUUCGGAGGAAAGGUUCGCGAUUCUUCGACUUGCGUCGAUGAUUGCUGCAGGAACAAAGAUUGUAACGUCGCGUUUGUUUUACAAAACAUGUGCUUCCUAGUGACAUGCACUAGCAAUAAACUAUGCCAAAAUGAACCGCUUUUUUCAAACGUAUUUGAAAGCACACUGGUGUAUGUGGCCAGAAGCUCUUUGGAGGCUGACAUGGUAAAACAAGAACUAGUUCCGACAUUGAAAAGAAGAAUGCCAAAUCCCUCUGUUAAAUCUGAAAUAAAUCAACUGCCUGAUACUAAGGCGAACAUUUCACAACCGUUGCCUACUCACAGUGAAUGUUCUGCUGUUUUUAUUGCCUCUGAUGCAAAGCUCUUUCACGGUUUUGAAUCUGGAGAAAUUGUUGUCGAGGGAAGACUCAAAGGUGGCAUCAAUGAAUGCAUAUCCAAGUGCUGUGCUUAUAACGGUUGCAAUGCUACCUUUGUUAUUGAAGAUCAAUGCUUUCUUGUUAGAUGCUACAGCAAAGAGUCUUGUAGGAUUGUCGUAUCAGAUUCGGGCAUUCCAUCGUCGGUGGCAAUCAUCACGCGACAAUCUGCCGACCACUCGCUCUCUUAUCUGUCGCCACUACAACCCGUAAACAGUGAGCCUCAAUUUAUGCGUUCAAAUGGAAGUCAUAUGGAGCAAAAUAUCUCUCCAGGAAACACAUACCACUUAACGUCGGAUGAAAAGAAGAGUUCAAAAUAUAGUUCUUCAGAAGCGAAAGUUUCUUCCAGUUUGUCACACCCACAAAUAAUCUCUGCUACGCCAAUUCCAACGAAGGUAAUCACAGCACAUAGCAGUUUGGUUUUCAAAACUAAUAAACAAGAAAUGAAAUCAGGAGGGAGUCCUUCAGCUCACACUUUGGUGAUCGAUUCGCCCACUGAUGCGAACACUGGGUCACCGAACGCGCAAAAGGAAAUGCAGCAUUUCACUCUCGACGGACUAGUUGAAAGCAAUGUUAACACCAAAAGUUUGAAAAUAAACCCUGCAUCGUCUGUAAUUGAUGCUGCGAAAACACAUACUCCACAAAGCGAUAAUAAACUCAAAAGUGAAGAGAUACUUAAACAAAUACAAGAUGGGUUGGACAAGUUAAAUCAAGCUGAGCAACACCAGGACGAUUUGGAUGCAGUACGUGGUUCUCACAAAUCAAAUCAGUUAAACACUCAUCAUGGAAAAGGCAAAACAUACGGACUGGAAAAGGGAAAAACGUCUGAUGGAAAUCCAGAUUCGUCGAACUUGAAAAAUCAUGUCGGUAAAACGAAGGAGGAAAACACCAAAGUCAAGGAAGUAAUUGGAAAGAUUGAGUCCGAAAAGUCGUCUGAAAUGAUUGACCCAAAGACAUCCAUUUUCGAUGAACUCAUUUCAAAAAUGAACAAUUUGUCUCUUGAACAGAGAGAGCUGAAGAAAAAUAUUCCCGAUUUUAACCAGAUAGUUGGCAAAAUUCAACGUGAUCUUGAAAGAAACACGAGUUCUAAAGAAAUAAAGGAUUCUGUUAUACAACACCGCCACUUCAGCAACUUUUCUGUUAUAUCUCCAGUACUCCCAGGAAAAGCAUUAUCAACAAAAAAGCCCACAAUAAUUCCAACUCCCAAGCUGGUUCAGUCACCACCAGCGGUAGUUACAUCUCCUUCAGUGGUUAGUUUACCGCAGAUUAGAUCCACCAGUCUUAGAGCUCCGACCACCUCGGUGAAGACGUCUCACUCUGACGAGCUUUCAAAAUAUACUCGGGAAAACACAGAUAUAGGCAAGGAAGUCGUUCUAGCACUAAAGAAGGCAGGAAUGAUUCCUAUAAAACCAGUCCAAAGACAUUCAGUUAUUGUGGUAAAUCCUUAUGCCGAACAAAAACAUGUGAAGAAAACAUUGCCGAAGUCGAAAUCACAAGGAAAGUCUUCGGCGAUUCCGGCAGCUCAGCGCUUGUUAAAUUUCUUAGAAGAGCAAAUUAGACAAAAAACUGCCCAUUCUGAGAAUACCAAACCAGAAGAGGUUACUACAGAGCCAUUAAAGAAGUCGAAAGAUAGCAAGCAAAUAAAAGGACUACUGGAUAUACAGACUUCAUUGAAUGAACGUAUAAGAAAUCUUGAGUCCGAAAUUCACCAAAUAAAAAGUAACAAAAGCGUUCAAGCUAGUGAAACUAAACUCAAGAUGAAACCAUCAGUCGUCAAGACUAAAACAUCUGAAAAAAUUCCCAAGAUCAAUGAAUCAAGCAAGAUAGUAACUCCGGUAAAAAGACUUAAAUCGCCUAGAAAGAAUAAUGAUAGAUCUUAUCUUAUUGAACAAUUACGGAGUAUUGUGCAUUCAGAACUCAAGCACAACAAGCCAAAUGUUUCUCCGAUUUCAAAGAAUCCGGAUUCGACCAUUAGAAGUCCGGCAGCUGUAGAAAGAAACAUGAUGAAAAAUAAAGAAGUUGCAUUAGAGCAUAAUCUUAAUCGUUUGUAUUCAAAUGCUGUUGCGGAAAUGGAGAAAGCAUUGGAGUCUAGCGGAGGGGAUAAUCAUUUACAAAAUCAACAAGGUGUCAAAAAGAAUCAAAUACAUGCUGCUGAGAAUGCUGAAGUAUUACAACAAGUCCCCAAGAAAAUUAGUGUAAGUAAUUCGGGAAAGCAUAAGUUGCUGGAUACUGCAGUGGAUAUCCCAGAAGCGAAAAAGGACAAAGAAAUUGCUUCAGGUAAAUUUGACGAAACCAAAAUCUCGCCAAAGAAAGACGUGUCUUUGUCAAUAAAGGCGGAAAAAAUUCUCAAAACCAAUAUUUCUUCGGAAGAGUCGGAAAAAGAUGGUACAAAGUUAUCAGCAGAAACCCCAGGAAAGUUCUCAAAAAACACGAUGGGGGAAAGUCCUGAAGAAAAAAAACAAGCAGCAGGUCAUAAUGGCGUAGGCUUUAGCCCCCCGAAAGACCAUCCUUCCCAUGUCGAAAGUGAUACUGGGACAUGUCAUCAUAGCAAUGUCCAAAUUGACGUCACGCUUAAAGGUGGGAUCGCAAGAGAAGGUGUACAAGAUGGAGGGAUUGUGGCGGAUAUGCAUGAAUGUACUCAGCGCUGUUGCAGAAACGAGAAGUGUAAUGUUGCAUUUAUGCUCAAGAAUAAUUGUUUCUUAUUGCCUUGUACAGACACCAAACUCUGUCAGGCAGUUAAAUUGCCCACCAAUAGUCUUCAUACAAAGCUAACAUUUAUGAAUCGAGAUAGCGAAACGAAUAUGGAGUUGAAAAUGUUUGAUAACAUAGUUGAUGGUUUGUCUUCAUCCGCUGGUGAGGAAUCACCUAAAGAGAAGGACGAAGAUCUAUCGCUGUUGAAUUCUGCUAGGAAGGAAGAACUCUCAAAAGAUAAAGAGAAUAGUAAGGUGAGCAAUCCGAGUGUACAAGCAUUAAUUGAUGAAAUGAACUUGCUUACAACACACGACAAACUUGACGAAAAUGGUGGUAAGAUAACAACGGGUUCUGAAAAGCAGCAUCACUUGCCGUCUAAAAUAGAGCCUGGAAAAUUUGCACAAAAAAGUCGGGAAAGAGAUCCUUUGGAAAAGCCGUCAUCGAAACCAAAACUUUGCCCCGUCACCGAAGUGGAAUACAACACUACGAUCAGAGGUGGACUUGCUGCUGUUGACUACAAAUACGGAGGAAAAGUAGCAGACAUUAACGACUGUGUUUCACUUUGCUGCAAGUCUGAUAGUUGCAGUAUUGCGUUUAUGUUUUCAGACGAAUGUUUCUUGCUCGUGUGCAAGUCUGAGCACUCGUGCGAAAGUGUGCAAGCCGAGUCCACUGCACUUAACCCACGAAUUGUGCGACUGUUCAAGGCUAGUGCUCAAAAACUCUUUCAAAAACUUCCAGAACCAAGUGAUGAGCUUAAGGAAGCAUUGAACUCCGGAAAAGAAGUUUUAACUUUCGAGAAACCGGCUGACGAUGAUUCACGUCACAAGACAGAACCUUCAUCUAGUUGUUUGAGAAGUGAUCCGAUUACCCAUGUUGUACCAGAUGGUGGAUUGAGACCUGGGCAUUACAAAGACUUUGGAAAAGUUCAGUUGCUCAGAGAAUGCGUAGAUUUCUGUUGUCGAUGGAAACGAUGCAAUAUGUCCUUUAUGAUUCUCAAUGGUUGCUUUGGUGUUGCUUGUGAAAAUAAUUGCAAUGUUGUUCCUAGUGGGGAUUUGACAUUUCAGUCUAAAGUUGUUUACAUGAAAAGACGCAGUGAUGUUAUUCAUUGGUUGAACUCAAAAGGUUCAUCCAGGUCUACUGUUCCAAGCACCUCUCAUAAAAAUACCGAUGCUGAGAACGCUUUUAAGUUUGGUAAUGAGCCUGUUGAUAGCAAUGUUGAUACAGGUCCUACCAGUUAUCAUGAACGAAAUGUAGACGUACCAACAAUGAAGUCGUCCACUUCCAAAGACAUGUCCGCGUCAGGAAAAACUUCUCAUAAAACAGCUUUAAAUGAUAAAAGCCUGCAGCCAUCAAGAGAGUCAGAACAUACUUACAAUUCCAAGGAACCUACGAGUGUCAUAAAGAAUGCAGUCUUGAAUACAAUUUAUCCGCACGAAACAUCAGAAGAAUCGACCAUAUCUAAAGACAAGCGUGGUGAUGGUAUUAAACCUCAAAUCAACGUGAAAGCCGCCGUGGAGCCUAAAUUCUCUGCUAGGAAUGAGGAGAAGGGGGUCUGUGUUCCUGGAGAGGUUGAACAUGAUGUUACUCUGGGAGGAGGAAUAAAAGCAGGAUCGUAUACUGAGCAAGGAGAGGUGCUGAACAUGGAUGAGUGCGUCGAAUGGUGUUGCAAACAGCGGAAAUGCGACGUUGCUAUGGUGAUUAAGGCCAUAUGUUAUACUGUCACGUGUUAUGACAGAAAAAGCUGUGUGAGUGUGCCGGUGAGAAGGAUACAAUACCAUCCCAGUUUGGUUCAUGUGAGAAGGGUGAAGCGAGGGGUGGUACAUGAUGAUGGCUAUCUCAGUACAGACACGGAUAAUGAUGUAUCUCUUCAAGAGAUUGUAGAAGGAUCGAAAGAAAACUCGAGGACCGGUCAUGGGUCAUUCGUCGAGGACUCGAAUUUCCAGAGUGAUAACUCAAAGAUCGAAGAUGAGUUAGUGGACAUGCUCACGGAGCAAAGGGAGCCAGAAGAUUUACAGGAACAAAAAGGUAGCGGAAAUCAGUUUUUAUCAACGGAUACAGGAGGACAGAGCUCGGAUGUUCCAUAUAAACAUCAAGGAAUGGAACGGACUGCGCCAUCCUGGAAAGCUACUUACGAUGUCUCAAGGGAUAGAGACAUAAACAUUAAGCCUAGCCAGGCAUCCCGCAGGCCUUUAGGGAUGUCGACUGAUGUCGACCCUCCCUCGUGCCUGCACAACCCGAUUUCUUACAAUGUUACGCUACGUCAAGGUUUGAGAUCGGGUCAGUUUAAAGAUCAGGGGAGGGUCGACAACUUCGACACCUGCUUUCGCCAUUGUUGUCAUGACGACGAAUGCAAUUUGGUAUUCAUGAUGCGUAAUUAUUGCUACCUGAUUUCGUGUUACGACCAUGACUCGUGCGCAUUGAAGCCAUUGCUUUCAACAUCCGACAUGGAAAUAGCAGUCGCAUUUGUCUACAAGGAAGAUACCAAUAAGCUAAUGAAAUGGGAUAAAGCUUCCAUGAAUCACAUGUCUUCUCUCCCCGUGCCCUACCAAAAAAACGAAGGGUUUAGAAAUAUACCAAAUUUCGUCACUGACAACCAGCCAAGUUCUCGAAGUUCGGAUCGUAAUCCAAAUAUCGAGUCACCUUAUCAAGAAUUGAAACCGAUAAACCCAGAUCCACCUCAUUUAUAUGAAGCUGAGAGAGAACCAAUUCGAAAUUUUGAGAACCCUCGACCUUCAAAUAAACUUAUUCGUACCAGAUCAUUUUCCAAUUCCAUCCCACCUGCCCGCGAUUUCACCCCCGAUGUUAAUGCCCCACCCUAUGAAAGUCAUUCUUUGACUUGCACGCCAGGAUCUGAUCGGUACUUCACAACACUCCGUGGUGGACUGAAUCCUGGUUAUUUCAUAGACAUCGGGCUGGUAUCCAGCAUGGAAGUGUGCAAACAGUACUGCUGUCGGAAAUCGGAUUGUGAUGUUGCAAUGAUGCAGCAAGAACGAUGUUAUUUGGUCACUUGUCCCCGCAGGGAGCUGUGUGAGGACGUUAAAACAAGUACAUCAUCAGAGAACACGCGCAUCUCUCAUAUUUUCCGCGAAGAAAGGUCUAGCGUGGCCGAAGAGGAUGUGAAUCCGGGUCGGAAUGAAGCGCUUGAUGGCAGAAUCCAUGAUAACUGGGAUAGCAAUGGUAUUGGAGACAUCCGUGACGACAUACGUGGUGGUAGAAAAGGUAAUAAGGAUAUGUAUGGUUUCAGUGCUAUUCAUGAUGGUUUUGUUGGCGAUGGUUUCAAUGGCGAUGUAAAUACUGAUGGUAGGGAUGAUUUCAGAGCUACUCGUGAGGGUAUUGGCAGCAUUCGGGUUGCUAAUGGUGGUAUCCGUGAUGAUGCUGAUACCCGCGUUGGGGAAGGUAUUGUUAGGGAUAUCGACGGUGUUCGAGGUAAUAAUCGGGCGGUUCUUGGAAGGGAAGGUGUGCGCAGUAAUAUUGAAAUUCAGGGUGACAACCUGGUUGACCGGGAGGAUGAAGACCCUUUAAAAAAAUCGAGAAUAUACUUGGAGAGAAAGGAUACCAUACCUAACGGGUAUAGAGGCAACGAAAUACCCUCUGGUUCUUCUCGUAACGAUCAUGGCAGCGAAGAAGAGGUGGACCUUUUGCGAGAUGCAAUUGCUGACAUUGAAAAGAAGAAGCAUUUAGGAAAUGAAGAUGAGUCAUAUGAAUUGCGAAGCACGUCCGACAUUCCUACUCCUACGGCGCAGAGCGAAACAGAUCUUGAAAAACUCAUAGAUAAAGGCAGGCAAGGGCCUCUGAUAUUUGACGAUAGCGCAGGAAAACGACAGCAUAACCAGCAAAGAGAAGGGCUUGGGGACAUGGCUUCUGAUAUAUUAUCAAACAUUUUACAGCACAGGACGCAUGACACAAUUGAGUCCAUUUGGUCUCAUGAUAAAGACCCUUUGCAGAAUGAGAUCAGUAGAGCAAAAGAAAUUAACACUCCGGAGAAGAUUGAGAAAGAACUGCAUCAAACGGGGAGUCACGAUGUUUUUCAGUCACAAAACCACAUCACCGAUAACCUUAGGGGAGAGAGUGUAUCUCAAGGGGAUCAUGGUAGUAUUACUGGGAAUAGUGGCAGUAAUCUUGGUAGUCAGGGUACACCUAAUGAUUAUCCUAGUACUGGCAGUACCCUAGAUGAUCAAUCUAAACUUAUAGAAACAUUGUAUAAUCUUGUAAAACAAAACAUUAAAGCUCCAAAUCCGAAUAACCAGGGAAGCUCGCAUGAACAAGACACAGCUAUUAAUGACUUACCCAAGGAAAAGCAAAAUUCUGAAUCACAUUCCCGUCCCCACCAAGAGGCUAGUAGCCACAAGAUCAAUGUUAUAGACAAUCAGCAAAAAUACCCAAACGAUGGGGAGGAUGAUUAUUCUAAUUAUCUCGACCAAGAUUACGUAAGCAGGAAUCCCAACAAUGCUCACAUUAAGGACAGUCAUCCUAAGAAGUUUGCAACUCAGCUCGGGCACAAAAAUCGGCCUAAAUUGAGGGAGGAUGGGGAUAAUUUCGAUUACAAGGACUACGAUGAUGCUAAUGUUAUUGAAGAUGAGCUAGCUGACCUGGACACACCAAAAUAUGAGAAUGAGGGUAGUGAAACUGACGAGAUUCGUGAAAAUUCCGAUCAAAAAUCGCAUAAUAUGCAAAAUGCAGGACAUGGGGUGGGAAAAAAGGUCCUGGACCAAGAUCUUGAUUUCAUCUCUGAUAAUCUGAAUGACGUGGGCAUACAAAAUGAAAAUGAAUAUGGAGAAAAUGACGAAAUAAAUGACGAUAAUGUCUCCGAAUAUGACGAUGGUGUUCAGGAUUAUGAACCAAACAUGGACUACUACAGCACUUUGGGAGUAAAACGCAAGCUACUUCAUUCCCACCCAACGAAAUUGAGUUCACAUUCUCCCGGAAUGCAUAGGAACCAAUACCGAAAAAGGCUAGAUUAUGCUCGCCUAGAUUCAAAGGGAAAGCCUAGCAUUUUGUGGAAUAAUGGCCGCUUCCUAAGUCCACAUUCUGAGCGUGGAAACCCUUUGGCUUUUCGCGAGGAAAAACAGCCUUUAGGCCAGGAAAAUGAGAACUUGGUUAUGGGAGAGCUAGAGAAGAUUGAAGACGAGAUUGCUGACAUAAAAAGUCCGCCAAAGGCACAAAGUAUAUCUGAACAUGAGAUCCUUAAACCAGAAAACUCAACAACAUCUAAAAUAGAAUCCAAAAGUGGUGACCAAAAUAAGCAAAGCAUUGUUGAUAUUUUGGCUGGUUUAAAGGAUGUGAGCAAACUAGGUUUUGAAACGAAAGGUAAAAAGUUAAACCAAACUGACGGAUUACACGCUGUUAAAUCCGAAGAUGAUAUGAUUUUAAAGAAGCUAAACGAAAUAAAAACCCAAAUCAGGAAUAUCUCAAAGCCGAAAAAGCAAGAGGAUUCAAAAAAGAGUAAAGAUCCUUCCAAGAUGGACGACAUUGGCGACGAGAUUAGUGAACUCCUCGGAGAAGACUGGCUCCUAGACAAACGCUCACAUAUACCAAGACCUACAGUUAAACAUGAAUUACAAGGCGUUGGUUGGCGAAAUAGUUUUAUUAAUCCUCGGUCGCAUAGCGUGAAGGUAAAAAACAUAGUGGAUCAAAACCUUCCUAAUCUUGGACGAGAAGUUGUGGCGCCUCCAACACGCCACCAGCUAUCAAAUGGCAAACAACAAUAUAUAUCUACCACACCCAAGAUGCCGGAACUAGAGUCCCCCUUGCCUACCCUAACUCCACACCACGAUCGACUGGCAGAGAAAAGUGCGAUACCUCAACCAAAGCAAGCGUUACUCAAAACCUCAAAGUUGGACCCGUCAACCAUUGGUAAUCUUAUGUCUCCGGUCGGCAAAUCAAAAAUCCACACCAAAUCAACUGGGUACCGUUUUUCUCAUACAAAGAAUGGAGGAACGCCAAACACCCCACAGAAUCCAUUCAUUCCAUUUUCAAACGAAAGAGAUGAUAUAUUGUCAAGAUAUUCUUCUUUAAGAAAGAUGCACCACGAUGCUAUGUCCGGAGGAAAGGCUAAAGACAGGCAACUGAAGGCAGUUAUUCCAUCGCCAGCGGAUCCUGCCGAAGAGCAACCGAGCUUUCAAGAUAUCCAUGAUAUGAUAGAGUUUAACAAAAAACGAAAAGAGUACUCUAAAAAAGGUAAAAUUCCCAAUCUUCUGGUCCACCUGAGCUUUGAAAACACAUCUGGUCUGACUGUCAUGGACGACUCGGGCACAGGCCACGACGGGGAAAUUUCAGGCGCCAUUUUGAUUCGCCCAUUCCGAGGAAAAUGCGGCUCAAUUGCCAACUUUAAUGGCGGGAAAAUACUCUUCAAUCCCAAAACAUUUCGCACAAAACCACGCAAGGCGAUAACGGUUGCUCUCUGGGUAAAACUUGACAAAUUUACAGAUAGUAUCUCGUUGUUCAGUGUGCAAAGAAGUCCUUCCGGACAAGGAGGCAAAAUUGAUUUGCGGGUCUCUGCUAACCAUGUUUGGUGGGCUCACGUCGAUGAAAACCGAAAGUUAAUUUUCGACUCUACAACAAGAUCCUCGUUGAUAAGUGCUGGACAUUGGGCUCACAUCGCAGCGACGUACGAUGCCGAGGUUCAUUCAGUAAAAAUCCUGGUGAAUGGUCGACUGGUUAACGAAGAUGAGGCAAGCGGGUUGAUAUCACAAAAGUGGCUAGGUGACGUAGGAAUCGGUCUGCUGAAUAGUCUCCAUGGCAACGUUGACGAAUUCUAUUUAUACGACCGGGCUUUGACCACCCCGGAGAUUAGCCGAUUACGACAUAAGUGUCACACUCUUUUGGUAUCAAAAAAGAAAAACGCAGAUUCAGUAACCAAUUCAUUGAAACAAUCGACCAUUACAACGGGCAAUACAACACCCUCAUCUCAUCACAAAACCACUCAUUCGAUCACACCCAACACGUGCUCGCAAGGUACCUUUCACGUGAACAGCACCUUACAGGGUGGUCGAAAUGCAGGAAGAUUUGACUUCAAAGGGAAGGUGAAGAAUGUAUUGCAAUGUGUCACAAAAUGUUGCAAUGUGAAAGACUGUGAUUUAGCAUAUCUUGACAUGGGAGGCUCCUGUUAUGCCGUACACUGUAAAAGAAAGGGACUUUGUAAGGCGGUUCCCGCAAUUGGAGGGGAAUCGUCAAGCGUGUUCUUUGUUUCCAGAGAGAAACACCUAACCGAAGCAAAAGCACAAUCAAAAAAGAAACAUACGACAAAUCUUACUUCUACGAUUGAAAGAAAGAGCAAUAAAACUGCCAAUCAUAUCGCUCCAUUUGCUCAAGAAACAUCGAUUCUUAACAACGAGGCAAAUUUGGAAGAAUGCAAAGGCGAAACGGUGUUUUACAACGUAGAACUAAAAGGAGGUCUGACUGCAAACAGUUUUAGACGAUACCAACACGUUUCAUCCAUGGAGUCUUGUUUAGGUUAUUGCUGUGAUUUGAGUGACUGUGAUCUGGCAUUUGUCAAAGAUGGCGACUGUUUUGCCAUUCAUUGCAGUACACGUGAUAUGUGCAAAGUCGUAGACGGCGUUGGGAAACUGGCACGAGUAUGGCGACAGACAUCAGGCACCAAUACGACUGCGGGUUACAAAGGAAAAGCGCUCGUUCUAUAUUUUGGUUUUCACGAUGUUUCCAAAAAUAUCGUCCAUGAUGGCUCUGGUAGCAACAACGACGGAAAACUAAGUAAAGGUGAUCAGAUUAUGGCAUACAGCAGACACGGUCCUGGACUGGAUCUAACAGAAGGUGGCGUGUUUCUAAAGGGAUUUUCCUUUAAAGGUAAACCUAAACAAGGCAUCUCUAUUGCGACAUGGAUAAAGCUGUCUGCUAUCGAAGGAACUCAUGAUAUAUUUACAAGUACAAGCAGCAAACUACGUCUUAGUAAAACUUUUUACCAGCUGAGACUCCAAGAUGGCCGUAUUCUUUGGGCGCACGAGAACGAAAUUGGUAAAAAUGUGUUCAUGGUCGUUUCACCUCUUGUGAUUGGUCCAAAUAUUUGGUGUCACGUGGUUGUGACGUACGAUUCGAUUUCGGAGAAAGCGAAAGUAUUGGUUAACGGCAAAGUUGAGGCCGUCGGUCAAGGUCAUGGAAAACUUUCUGGCCAGUUAGGUGACAUGACGUAUUUCGGUUCCGAUCGGAAGGGAACUCCAUUCAAUGGCUUUCUGGAUGAAAUAUAUAUUUUCAAGCGACCGUUGCGUAAUUCUGAAGUUCAACAGUAUUUGUUCAACAUGGAUUCUAGGAAUUAUAGUUUGAAUACUGCAUCCAAAGUUCGACAGUCGCAUAAUGGGAAAGAUUAUGGGGCUUUAACAACAAAAGGGCGCUACAAAAGUGUUGUGAAGUUGAAGAUUUCUGAUCAUCCGAUAAAUACAUCGGUCGGCAUGAAUACUACCGGUGAAAACUUUGAUGGUAAACCUCAGAACUCAUCCAAAGUUCAUGCUGGACAAAAACUACAAAGCAAAACCUCUCCAUCACAACGAAACGACACCAAAUCCCAAAGCUUGUUUUCUGAGUUGCAAGCGGCCACUGGGGCGAAUUUUGCUGAGCUUUCGUGUUCUGUUAACGGAACAGUCUACGAGAAACGGACCUUUCGUGGUGGAUUGAAUUCAGGAAGAUUCUUCAAAAUAGCUGAUAUAAGUAAUAUGACAAGCUGUAUUAGCCAGUGCUGUAAAAAAAGAGUCUGCGAUGCUGCAAUUAUGAAAGGAAGGACUUGUUUUGCUUUAACAUGUCGAAGUAAAGAUCUGUGCGAGCUUCGUCCAGCAAAACUACCCACUUUUGACUUAAAAAUCGCUUUUGUCAAACGGACUCCGAAAACAGACCAAUCAGAUAAAGGCGUUUCAUCAUCUGGUAGAGUAGUUGGCCAAUCGGAUCUGAGGGUAAUGUUGCCUAGCAACGAAACGUGUAUGCCUGGCAUGAGAGUUGCGAAUGUUACCAUCAACGCGGGUGUGGGAGCUGGGCAGGUUGUCCAAUACAGAAACAUUAGUAAAAUAGACGAAUGUGUAUCACAAUGCUGUUCACAACCCAAAUGCAACACCGCUUUUCUCGUGCAAGAUACAUGCUAUGUCAUAGCUUGUGUUAUUAAAGACUUUUGCAAGCUAAGACCACCACCGAGUGCAAACUUUUCAUCCGAAGUCGUUUAUGUCAACAGAAGCGGCGUAAUGUUAUUUAGUGAUCCUCAAAAUGCCUUGAUGUCGCCAGCUAAAGAUAUCGUUCAUACUAAUCAUGAUGCAAUGUUGGGUCUAAACGAAUCCGAUAUUUCAACUAUUCUGCAGAAAAUUAGCCUGAACGUGUCACAAAGCCACGAAAAGGCUGAAAAAUCCGGCAGAAAAGAGCACAAAGGAGCAGAAAAAGAGAGGAUUUCGCAAAGGCUGAGGAAGACCACUGAAAACGUAACACAAUGUCGUGUAGAUUCGAUCAAAACCGAUGUUCAACUGGCAGGCGAGUUGAGCGCAGGGGAGUUUGUGGAUCAUGGUGUUGUCAGAGGGAUAAAGUCGUGUAUAAUCAAGUGCUGCAAUGAUCCGCAGUGCAACCUGACGUACAUGAUCGGAAAGAAAUGCUUUGCGGUUCGAUGCCAUAGUGCUAAACUUUGCAAGACAGUCCCUGCUUUACCUUUGUCAGUGAGUCCUACCAUCGCACAUAUUCGCCAGGAAAAGUUGAAAAUGUCUUAUUAUGUCAAGCCGGGACAGAGAGACCGGCACAAAGGCCGGCCACGUUUGAAAAACUUGCUACACGCUUGGAGGCAACUUCAGCACUACAAAAAGGUAAAGAAAAAACGAUUGAAGAUGGCUCGUCAUAAAUCGAGGCAUAAAACAAGCCAUAAAGAGGACCAGAAAGCAAGACACGAGGAAAAACAGAAGCAUCGACUCGAAGCAACAAAGAUUAGAAGUAAGGGACAAGUUUUGAAAGACGGUAAACAUCUUCACCUCCAUCACCAUCGAAAAAUUAUCAACAGAAAUGGAACAAGGCACGACCAUGCUAUGCAGAAAAACCGAAGCCACGAGAUUAAAAGUAAAGAGAAAGCUGUUUCUGUUCAUGGCAAUAACAUAAUAAUUAAAAAAGCACAUUUCCACUGUCCGAGAAAGUUUGGCUGCCAACACAGUUGCAUUUACAUACCAGAUAUUGGCUAUCAGUGCACAUGCCCGGCUGGACAAAUCCUGGCAUUCGAUGGAAAACAUUGUAUUAAAAAAAAUACCUGCGUCUUUGGCUGGCAUCGUUGCCAACAAGUGUGUAUACAGUUACGGAACAAAUUCCGAUGUGAUUGUGAUACAGGUUAUACUCUAAAUAAAGAUCGCCGACAUUGCGAUGAUAUAGACGAAUGUUUACUGGGAAUAGGAAAAUGCAGUCAGCACUGCCAAAAUUUGCCAGGAAGUUACUCAUGCAGUUGCAAGAAAGGAUUUUCACUCAAAGCGGAUAAAAAGACCUGCGAAAAUAAUCACGUGCACUCCCCAACUACCAAGAGCCAUUUGAAUAGAGAUGUAUUGACAGCCCCAGUAGAAGUUGCGGUUCAGUUUUCGGAAAUGAAAGUCCUUCAAGGAAAAGAUGCAAUGUUGAACUGCCGGGCACGCGGCAUACCUGCGCCAACGAUAAAGUGGGCCUGCGGAGAGGAUGGUGCUCUUCCACUUCCAACGGAUUCACGGAUGAAGAUAACUCCACAGAGUUCUCUUCUCAUCGAGGCUACGAACAUCAGUGACAGUGGAACAUAUUAUUGUAUUGCGUCCAAUGUUAUGGAGAGUAAAUCCAGGUCGGUGAAGUUGGACAUUAUAGAUGAUGACGAAUGUCAAAGAAAGAAGAAUCCUGUCUGUCAGCACAAAUGUGUCAAUACCAAAGGAAGCUAUCGAUGUUCUUGUCACCAUGGUUACAGAUUGCGUAACGAUUCUCAUAGUUGUGAAGACAUAGAUGAAUGCAGCAUUUCCAAUCACACGUGUUCCCACACAUGCAACAACACGAUGGGUAGUUUCAUGUGUUCAUGUCCUGCUGGGUACCAUCUUAUCCAUGAUGGUCAUCACGAGUGCACAGACAUAGAUGAAUGUAAUACAUCCGCACACAAUUGCUCUCAACUGUGUCGAAAUACCGAAGGAGGUUAUCAAUGCUUGUGUGUAGAAGGUUACCAACUGGCAUUGGACAAUACGACUUGUCGAUCGGUUGCAUCGUCUGCAAAAAAGGUUCAACACGCAUCGAUGACAAAAGCGAUUGGUGCUCUGGUUUCAGUCCUUGCAGUUAGCAUUCUCUCUAUGGUUGCAAUCGCAAUGCUUCUUGGUGGCUUUUAUAAGGGAAAAAGAAGGGUUGAUUUGGACGAGCAAAGUCAUGGGGACGAGAAUACAGUCAAACCGGGAGAUAAAACCGUUCUUUUUACCUGGUUGGAGUAAAAGAUGAGCGAAAACUAAACAAGGAAAUUAAAAACAUUAAGUUAAUAUUAAAUUUAGCAGUUAAAGUUUGUAAUAUUUUAAUAUUUUGUUACUCAAUACUGAAUAACUCGAACUAACUUUUGUACUAAGAAGUAAUAAAAAUAAAAUUUAAAAAAUUAUAUUUCAAAGUUAUGAAGACAUGUUACACAAAUUAUGCACUGAAAAC